AUGUGUGUCAAAGGAAAUCAAGAGUCUAUCAAAUUGGAAGAGGAGGCAUACAAAGUGACAAAGUGGGUCAUCUCCGAGAGCCCCGACGUACUGUGUCUCCAGGAGACUAAGUGCAACGAGAAGCAGGUGCCCGCUGAAGUCCGGACACUGCCCGCCUUCCCUCACCAGUACUGGCACUCGCCUCAGGACAAGGAGGGCUACAGCGGCGUGGGCAUGCUGUGUAAGGUCAAACCCCUGAACGUCACCUUCGGCAUCGGUGUGGAACAGCAUGACACUGAGGGCCGAGUGAUCACCGCCGAGUUUGACAAGUACUUCCUGGUGACUGCCUACGUGCCGAAUUCGGGGAAGGGCCUGGUGCGGCUGGAAUACCGUCAGGGGUGGGAUGUGGAUUUCCGGGCCUACCUGCAGGGCCUGGCCAGCCGGAAGCCGGUGGUCCUGUGCGGGGACCUGAACGUGGCUCACCAGGAGAUCGACCUGAGGAACCCGAAGACCAACAAGAAGACGGCCGGGUUCACCGCGCAGGAACGGGAGGGCUUCAGCCAGCUCCUGUCCCAGGGCUUCCUGGACACCUACCGUCACCUGCAGCCGGACACCCCUCAUGCCUACACCUUCUGGACCUACCUGGGCAACUGCCGGCCCCGCAACGUGGGCUGGAGGCUGGAUUAUUUCGUCAUGUCCCAGGCGCUGCUCCCUCACCUGUGUGACAGCAAGAUCAGGUCUGGGGCCCUGGGUUCGGACCACUGCCCCAUCACCCUGCUGAUGGCCAUGUGAGGCUGUGUCCCCCUCAACCCCACCCUGCCCUCCCCCUCCUCUCUCUGGGUGACGGAUAUCCCCCUCCCCUUCCCUUUCCCAUCUCCCCUCCCCCUCCCCUCCCUGAGUGAUGGGUAUGCCCCUCCUUUUCCCAUUUCCCCUCCCCUUUGGGUGACGGAUAUCCCCCUCCCCCUCCCUUUCCAAUCUCCCCUCCCCCCUCCCCCUCUGAGUGACGGAUAUCCCCCUCCCCUUCCCUUUCCCAUCUCGCCUCCCCCCUCCCCCUCUGAGUGACGGAUAUCCCCCUCCCCUUCCCUUUCCCAUCUCGCCUCCCCCCUCCCCCUCUGGGUGACGGAUAUCCACCUCCCCGUUCCCUCCCCUCUCUGGGUGACGGAUAUCCCCCUCCCUCCUCCCCUCCCCUCCCUGAGUGAUGGGUAUCCCCCUCCUUUUCCCAUUUCCCCUCCCCUUUGGGUGACGGAUAUCCCCCUCCCCUCUCUUUCCCAUCUCCCCAUCCAUCUCUGGGUGACAGAUAUCUCCCUCCCCCUCCCCUCUGAGUGAAGGAUAUCUCCCUCCCCUUCCAUUUCCCAUCUCCCUCCCCUUCCAUUUCCCAUCUCCCCUUCUCCCUCCCCCUCUGGGUGACGGAUACCCUCUCCCCUCCCCUCUCUGGGUGAUGGAUAUCCCCCUCCCCCUCCCCUCUGGGUGACGGAUAUCCUCCCCCUCCCUUUCCCAUCUCCCCUCCCCUCUCUGGGUGAUGGAUAUUCCCCUCCCCCCUCCUCUCUCUGGGUGUCGGAUCUCCCCUUCCCCUCCCAUUCCCAUCUCCCCUCCCUCCCCUGGAUGAGGGAUCUCCUGUCCCCACCUCCCUCGCUCACCUCACCUUGCCCACCAGUCAGCCCCCUCUCCCUCCCCCCUGAUCCCCUCUGUGUGUGUGUGUGGGGUGGGUUGGUGGACGGUGAGCUGUCAGUGUGAGGGUUGGGGGAGCGGUAAGGGACCUGUCCAUCCCCCCUCCCACCCCUUCCUGAUUCCCUUAAGCGCGCCCACCCUUCGGUGUACCUGGCUUUUAAUUUCGGGACUUUGAGUUUCUUUUUGAACAUUUAUCCCAGAGGGCUGUUCUGUCUCUCUCUGUCUCUGUUUGCCUUUUGGUUUAUGUAGAGCGUUUGCCUCUCACUGGACACCAGCCUCUGCUUGUCCCCUUCGGGGAGGGGGGCUGUGGAGGUGACAGGAGGAUGGUGGCGGGGUGGGUUGAAGGGAGGCAGUGGCAGUCAGCCCCCUCCAUGGGAGGGUGGAGGCUCCCUGUAGACUGUCUCUCUUCCCCCCCCCCCCCCCCCAUCUCAGGAGAGUUGCCCACCUGAGAACCUCCUCCCCUCUCUGAGGGACCCUCCCCUACCAUGUCCAGGCUGUAAAUGUCGCUGUUGAGCAGAUCCCCCGGUGAGAGACGGGGCACUGCUCCGUGCGGGUGUAGACUCAUGUUUCUGAUUUCAAUUAAAAAGAUCAUGGGGA